CGCAUACGGAGAAGUAUUUACUGACAGGUAGCGGACGGACCACACUGUCGUUUAUGACACUCAUAUGUGUGUCACACCAAAUACAUUGAUCACACAUCGUGUAUAUACAGCACGCGCACUGCGCGAGAACAGCAGACGACGAAACCAAGACGCACAGAACAUUGGUUGAACGCAGAAGGUAAUUUAAUGUUUCACAUUAUAGAUAUUGCUUAAAUAUAAUCAAAGAAAUUUGAUGUAAAAUGUUUAAUUACAGUGGUAACGUGGGCAAUCGUCGUUAAAAUUGUUAAAUAUUCUAUCAUCAGAAUAUAAAUCACAUAUACAUUUGCAUGUCAAAAAAUUAUCAAGAAAUUAAGUUUUCGUCAUAAAUAAUAUACCAUAAAUGAAUUGUAAACGAUCUACGUAACUUUAGAUAUACGCUCGCGCGCGAUAUAUAUAUCCGUCAUGUAUUAUUUCACUGAUUCGAAUCUCUCUGUCCGACUAACCACUAUCUCUUUCGCUGUAUGUAAUAGUAUACAUAAACAGAUAUUGUUUUACUUUCUAGAUUGUAUCCACAGGCUGAUGUUUUGAUGAUAUGAAAAAGAACCCCUCUUCAACUAAUGACUAUCUCUUUCACCCUAUUCUGUAUUUACAGAAACACAUUCGUUUCCGUUCUUUUUCAAUCCCCUGCCCAACAGACUUCAAUGAUUUAAACAGAACACCCCCCCCCCCCCCCCUCCAUCUCUUUCUCUUUCUCUCUCUCUCUGUCUCUCUCUCUGUCUCUCUCUCUGUUUCUCUCUCUCUCUCUCUCUCUCUCCUAAACAAGUACGGAAUCUCCACAAUUAACCAACAUUUCUUUCGCCCUCUGCUGUAUGUAUGUAAACGAAAAUGCAUUUACAAUUUUGUAAAACACCACAUGCAUGUAGAGACUACUCUCUAACAAACCACCGUCUGUUUUACUCUGCCCUAAGUACCGAAUCAUCUCUUCAAUUCAUUCACCUUCUGCUGUAGGUACGCAAACAAACAUUCGUGUCUGUCCUUUCUGUUUAAUUUCCAGGCUGAUAAAAAGCCAUAGAUGCAACGAAAGAAUCCUUUGUCUGAAACUACCAACCAUCUCUCUCAUCCCGUCCUGUCUCCACAGGAUCUCUACAAGUAACCAAUAUGUAUUUCACCCUGCAAGUAACCAACAUUCAUUUCACCCUCUGCUGUGCAUGUAUAUAUAAACAAACAAACAUUAAUUUCCUUUUUCUUUUGUUUAAUCUCCAGGCCGACAGAGACAUUGAUGACAUGAAAAAGAACCUCUGUUUCUUCAACUAACCACCAUCGCUCUAUGCCCGGAGGACCCACUGAGAAAUGUCCGACUUCGUGCAGGGCCGACUGCUGUCCACGACUCAGCGUGUGGGUCACCGAGCCCAAGGCGAGCACAUGCUGAAGGUCCACCAGAGAAACGCCGUCUACGCUCGUCUGCUGAAGGGCACGAUCGAGAGGUACGAGGCGGAGUACCAGCGGAACUUCAACCGAGUGCAGCAGAACAUCCUGUCGACGUACUUCAAGGAUUUCCUUCCCCUGCGAGUCACGAGGCCUCUGUUCCCCAACAUACCGCCGCCACCCUGGGCCAAGUCCUGCGGCGCCACGCCGAGCUACCACACGAACAAGUCCGGCGUGGCUCCCCCGCGGCUCUCCUUUAUAAAGUUGAAAAGUUAUGAAGACAAGAGGAGGAUCCAGUUGGACCCGACAGAGUACGAGUCGUGGAUUCGGUCCCUGAAGCAGAAGAACCGAGUGAGACCGGUAUCGAGUGGACCGGUCUAGGAAGAAUAAUAUACAGUGACAGUUAGCUUAAGUCCAGUGACUAUUUUAGUCGACUUAUCUAGGAUGCAUUGUACCAAAUCAGAGAGUCAAAGUUAGUGAUAACUGUCAAAUGUGGACGAACUAAAAGCAUCUAUAGCACUGACUGAGAUUGUAACAUUGAUUAUGUACAAAUACUAUUAGAACUAUACAGCUUUCUAUUAAAAAACACCCCCAAGAACUGUAAUUUUCUGUAAGAAUAAUGGUUUAAAUAUCUAAAAUGCCAUUUAAUAGCAGAUAGAUUUAGUGUAAGGUGUCACAGCUGUUACACAUGUACUGCUUGAUGUUUUUCAUAUACUGCUUGUGUCAUUUGUUUUAUAAAUAUUAACAUCGGCAAUGUGAAUCGAUUUACAGAAUCGCUUGAAACACAGAUACACAUGUAUAAUAAAAUUAAUUAUGCAUGAACCGGUGUCACUUUUCAUUUGCAUUAAUAUUGCAUCUUUGUGUUUCAGAAAUGUGCAAUCCUUCACGGAGUUGAAUACUGUUAGGUUCACUGUUCAUUCUCUUCUCAUUUUGUGGGAAUCCGUAAAAUAAGUGUAAUUCUUGUGGUGUUUGAAAUCAAGCCACGAUUUGGGUAUGGGCAGACGUAUAAUAAUGACAGUGGCGUGGAUGUCCACAAGAAGUAUGUAUUAAAUGUAAAUCCAGCAAAAUAAUUACAGAAUAGGCCAAGUCACGUUCAUUCAUUUAUUUUAGUCCUUAUAUCCAAAUCGGGUUCAAACACGCUCUCUUGGGCACACACCUCAACUAUCUGGGCUAUCAGGUUAGUGGUUUAGGGAUUAGUUGUCAAGUGACGAGUGAUGAGGACUGGUUUAUGAACACUGCAGGUGAUACGUUUCACUGAUCCGAGCAGUUCACGUCACGCGACCUCCCCCCCCCCCCCCCCCCCCCCCCCCCCCAACUUGGUGUGUCUUCUGAUGCUAGUACGGCUGGAAAUGUUAAUGUGAUCCCCUCACCCCUACACGCAGUGCAUGUGUUGUGGCUGUGUGGGAAAGCGGGUAGUAUGUAUGUGUUAGUGGUGACGUGUGUGUGUAUAUAUAUCCGUCUCUCUCUCUCUCUCUCUCUCUCUCUCUCUCUCUCUCUCUCUCUCUCUCUCUCUCUCUCUGUGUGUGUGUGUGUGUGUGCAAAUUCAGUCAGACAUGCCAUUAUAUUUUGUUAACCUUUCAGGUAAAGUUUUAAGUUUAAAUGUAUUGCAUAUUGUAAGCUAGAAUAUGCAGUUGAGUAAAUCACAUUGUCGAAUUGCGAGAUAACACAGUGAUGUUUGACAUUUAUUUUGAAACCACUCCCUAGUACACAUCACGUGUUCGUAAUGACCUUGACACAUGCGGUCACCCACUGAGAAGUGGAUUGCAUUCGAGAUCCAUGAUCAUAGUUGUAAGUGUCAUGUUUCGUCAUGGUUACACUAAUAAUAUAUUAUAUAAACAUUCGUGGAUGAUUCCAUUUCAUAUUAUGUAGUGGAAUUAUCCAGGGAUAUUUAAAACAGUUAUUAUAAAUGUGAAAAUAACCCAAUAAAACAUUUAUCUAUGAUUGUGGACCUUGAAAGAAGAAAGUAUUUUAUUUAACGACGCACUCAACACAUUUUAUUUACGGUUAUAUGGCAUCAGACAUAUGGCUAAGGACCGCACAGAUAUUGAGAGAGGAAACCCGCUGUCGCCACUUCAUGGGCUACUC